CCAGAAUUAAGGGAUUACAAGUUCAUAAAAAAGGAGUUAUAUGUUGAAGUUCUUUGGUCAGAUGAACUACAGAUGAUGGAAGCCAUAUGCCCAUGUAACAGGAAACACUAAGCUAAGAAAAGAAUGGAAGGAACAAGUCUAGCAAGAAGCUCCAAGAAUCUACACUUUCUUCUGCUGGCCAUUGUUUCUCUUCUCCAAUCGACAUUAGGACGGGAGUUGAAAUUUGCGAUUUUAAUUUAUCGACAUGGAGACAGAAGUCCCAUUGAAAACUAUCCCAAUGGCUUACACCAUGAAAGUGAAUGGCCACAGGGAUUUGGGCAACUGACUAAGAUUGGAAUGCAGCAGCAAUAUGAACUUGGGCAAUAUAUAAAGAAGAGAUAUUCAGAUUUUCUGAGUGCUAGUUACAAAACAGAGGAGAUCUUAAUCCAAAGCACUGAAAUUGAUCGAACCAUCAUGAGCGCCCAAGCAAAUCUUGCUGGUCUGUUCCCUCCUACUCAUGAUCAAAUUUGGAAUCCUGAACUCCUGUGGCAACCAGUCCCAGUACAUGUCGUCCCAAAGGCAAGCAGUCCAAAACUACGCUAUCCAAUUUUUCAAUGUCCACGCUACAUAGAGCUUUUGAAGAAAACCGUAGCAUCAAAUGAAUUCCAGGAAAAAAUUAAACCAUAUGAGAAAUUCAUCAAAACAAUGGCUUACUAUUCAGGUUAUAAUGCUUCAGUUCUCAAGAAUCCCAUGAAUUUUAAAAUCUGGCAUGUACAAGAUACACUAUUUUGUGAGUCUAUUCACAAUUAUACAUUACCUGAAUGGGCAACUGAAGAUGUAAUGACAAAGUUGACAGAGCUUACUGAAUUAUCCCUAUCAUCAUUUUUUGAUAUUUACAAGAGAAAAGAAAAAGCACGGCUUCAAGGAGGCCUCCUUGUGAAAGAUAUUCUACAAAAGUUCUCAGAAGCUCAAUUUCCACAGAAAAGAAAGAUGGUAGUCUAUUCUGCACAUGACACUACUUUAGGUGCUCUGCAGAUGGCACUCAAUAUAUACAAUUAUAAACUGCCACCUUAUGCCUCUUGCCAGAUUUUUGAACAAUAUGAAGAAGAAAAUGGAGUUCACACUAUUGAAAUGUAUUUUCGAAAUGACACUUCAAAAGAACCUUAUCCCAUUACUCUGCCUGGCUGCUCAUGUGCAUGUCCACUACAACAGUUUACAAAACUAGUUUCUCCCAUCUUGGUAGACAACUGGGAAAAAGAGUGUGAGAAGAUAGACAUUGAUGAAGGAAAAAUUCCCCAACCUGCUGAUGAUCCAGUAGUGUCAACAGAGAAGAUGCAAGGUCUAAAAGCCACGGCUGAGAUCACGAGGCUUGAAUUUUCAGAGAGUGCAAUCCCUGAGCGUAGGACAGAGAACAAGCCCAUGCAAGAACGCAAGAAGCGCACCUGGCAUCAGCUUUUAGGGACAGUAAGAAAGGCUAAAGUCUCCAGUUGAAGCUUCCAAGUUGUCAAGCAAGCAGAACUGGAGGCUUUGAUGACAGUUCAAGCUUUGAUAUUAUCUAAGACCUGUUGCAAUCUUACUCCAAAGGCAUCUCCUCAGUACCAGAACACAAGUAAAAUAAAGUACAGAAAUGCCUGUCUGGAUGGAAGCCAGUUAAUAAACAAAAGCAACAUGUUGAAGUUAUGCUAUUUCGUGUUAAAAAAAAACUUUAACAGCAAAAAAAAAAUAUUUAAAAUGUUCUAUUUCUGUACAGAAUAGAUAAACUCAAGAGAGUGAAACAAAUCUAUCAUUUCUUUAGUUAAAGCAUACUUUAACUGAAAAGCAUUGUUUAAUACACAUAGAUGAGGUUAGUAAUACAAAUCAGUGAAUAGAAUGAAUAGAUGUAAUCAGUUUUUCUCUCCUGUAAUCAUCACUGUAGUAGUGUGCAUUUUCUGUAAUUGUUUUAAAGCUUACUUUGCAAUUAAUUCAACAGGUUGUUUGAUUAAGAUACAUUUUUAAUGCUCAUGGUUACCAAUUAAUAUUCCACUAUGUUGUGUACUGUAAAUGCAGCUUUCACUUCUCUAUAUAUAUAGCUGCUUUUUAAAGUUCUUCUCUAAGCCAGCUUGAAGUAUUGGUAUGUAAACAGUUUUGAGAAGAACCAAUAUCGAUCAUAUAAAUCUCCUACAUUUAAUUUCCAUC